AUGCGUCCAUCCAUCAAAGGCGUUUUAUUAGCAGUUACUGGCAUAGCCUCGGGACAGUUUGUAGUUCCACCCACAGACCUCAAGACAGUAAACACGACGACUGGCAUACAAGUCCGAUUCAAGGAGGUCCCAAAUGGGAUCUGCGAAACCAAUGCCAACGUCAAGAGCUUCGCCGGGUAUGUGGAUGUCAGUGAGACGCAGCACAUGUACUUUUGGAUGUUCGAGGCCAGAAAUGGGAACCCAACUGCUGCACCGCUGACAGUCAGACUCGAUGGGGGGCCGGGAGCGUCGUCGAUGAACGGCCUGUUCAGUGAGAUGGGCCCAUGUUCUAUCGAUGCGGCGGGAAAGGUCAUCAACAAUCCACUGUCAUUCACACAGAAUAGUAAUGUCGUCUUUAUAGACCAGCCGGCCACUGUGGGCUUCUCUUUCACCACCCUGACGAAGGCUUCUCAGAACCCCAACACCUUUGUCAUCACACCCACGGACAGUUGCACCACCGCCGACCCAGGCUGUGGGACCUUCUCGUCUCCUGAUCUCACAUUGACAUCAAACUCGACUGUGGAUGCUGCAGCCGUAUUCUACAAGACUAUGCAGGGUUUCAUGGGUGCGUUCCCUCAAUACAGCGCCAACGGAGUCCACAUAAAUGGUCAGUCCUACGGCGGGCACUAUGUCCCUGUCUUUGCAGAUCAUAUCGUCCAACAGAACAAGCAGAACAACAAAGGCGCAAUUCAGAUCCCUCUUAAGUCCGUUACAGUAGAGGAUGGCUUCUUCGAUACACGCGUGCAGUUCGCAGCGUACUUCAACUACACCGUCACACCAGGCAAUCCGUAUGAUCUGGCUCCAUACAACGAAACAGCCCAGGCUCAACUAUUCAACAAUAUCUGGGGCCCUAAUGGAUGCCAACAACAACAGGCAGCCUGCAACGCCGACCCACCACCGGCAAACAUCAACGAGGUCUGCUCAGCAGCCGAUGACUUUUGUGUGGCAAAUGUUGAGCAGUUCUUCGACGUCAACGCACUGCGCUCAGAGGACGACAUCCGCCAGCUGCUCCCAAGCCCCUUCCCACCCAUGUUCUACGUCGCAUACCUCAACCAGGCCUCAGUCCAAGCUGCCAUCGGCGCGUCCACAAACUUUACUCCGGCCUCCGUCCAGGUCGGCACCGCCUUCGCCGGCACAGGCGACGACUCGCGGACGGGCAAGCUUGUCACGGACUCCACGUCGCGGCUCCUCAGCGAGGGUGUGACGGUGGCGUUUUUCACGGGCGAUGCCGACUACGACAGCAACAUGAUUGGCGCUCAGAUGGUGGCCAACAAUGUUGCGGCGCAGACACCUGAGGUGGCGGCGGCGUGGGCGCAGGCCGGUUUUGUCAACAUGUCCGCCUUGCUCGACGGGCAGAUCCCCGGCCAGACGAGGCAGGCGGACCACUUCAGCUUCACGAGGGUGUUUUUCGCGGGACAUUUCUCGGCGUUUAAUGCGCCCGAUGCGGCGUUGCUGAUCCAGCAGCGUGCUACGGCCGGAACGGACAUCGCGACGGGGAUGACGCCUAUGGUCAAAGGUGGGAACAUGAUCACGAAAGGUACGCCGACGAGUGAGUUCCGCGAGGGGCCCGGGACCAUCCAAAAUGUGGUCACGCCGCCGGGAGCUAUUUACAACACACUGACGCACGUACCUGAUUUACCUGUUGGGGCCCAGACUGCGGGCAAGGUUGUUGCUGGUGCGGGCGACGGUGGGUCUGUGGCCCUCCACCCGUUCGCAACUAUGACGAGCAGGAAGAUGAACAGGGUGCUGGCGGCGCAACGACAGCAGAAGAGGAGGAGAAGUUUGGAGGAAAUUACCAGGCGAGCCCUUUAG